CUCUGAGCGGUGACACCCACGGGCCCCGCGGAGGACCAGUCUUUCCGGGAUUGGAGCACAAACUCCGGCGUGGCGCAGCGUGAGAGUCCCGGACGUGGUUCGGCAGCAGACCUGGUUUUGAACGUUUGAUGAUCGAGACUGAAACGAUCCGGAGGAAAACACGAAAAACACGCUCGGCCUUUGGCACAACACGGACGCACAGCUGCCUACGACUGCGGCUAACUGCGGACAGCUAGCGCAAAGAGCUAGCCACGAAACAACACGGGGAUGUCGGAGCUUAGUCUUGAGGCCGAGUCGGGGAGGACCUCAGAGGAGUCUCAGGUGGAUUAUCAGGGAAAUGACAGAACAAAACAGAGCCGGCGUGAAGAACAUGCAGUGGGCAGGGUCAAAGAGGGCGGGGCCAAAGAAGGAAAUGACAGUACAAAACAGAACCUGAGUGAGGAACAUGCAGAGGACAGGGCCGAAGAGGGCGGGGCCAACGAAUUCUACGAGGUUGAUAUAGAGGGAGGAGAAGCAAAAGAUGAGAAGGGACAUAAGAAUGAGAAAGGAGGAGAGGGAGAAAGUCAGAAUGAGAGAGGAGGAGGAGAGAGUCAGAAUGAGAGAGGAGGAGGAGAGACUGAAGAUAGGAUUAAGGUUGAAAAUGAACGAGAAGAAGAGGGGAGCCAGGACGAGAGACAAGGAAGAGGAGGUGGAGGAGGAGGCAGUGAUGAUGAUGGUGGAACAUCAGGAUCUCCAGAGGAGGGCGGAGUUUCAAAGGAGGAACUGGAGGAGGACAUUAUGGCUGAGGACGCACACAGGAGCUCAGCCGCAGAGAUCCCGGUCACUACCAACGGAGAAGUGGACCAGCACCUGGAGGAGGUCUGCCAGAGGGACUCGUACUCCGGCAGCCCUGGAGCUCUCAGCCUGUCCGACUCCUGUGUGGCAAACAGCUUCUCUUCAACAGCAGGGGGCACCGUGGACACUGAAGGUCAGAUGAAAGGAGCACUGGUGCUGUCCGAUGAGCUCAAGAGCCCGGCUCUGGAGAAACUAGAACUGGUCCGAAAAUGGAGCAUCAACACAUACAAAUGCACCAGGCAGAUCCUGUCAGAGAAGCUGGGCAAAGGUUCCAAGACGGUGGACUUGGAGCUGGAAGCACAGAUCGAGGUUCUCCGGGACAACAAGAGAAAGUACCAGCACGUGACCCGCCUGGCCCAGACGCUGGCCGCUCAGCUCACCCACAUCAUGCAAACGCAGAAGCAGCUGGGGGACGCUUUUGCCGACCUCAGCCUCAAGUCUCCUGAGCUCCACGAGGAGUUUGGUUACAACGCUGAGACCCAAAAGCUUUUGUCCAAAAAUGGCGAGACUCUGCUGGCUGCCAUCAACUUCUUCAUCUCCAGCGUGAACACUCUGGUGGACAAGACCAUCGAAGACACCAUGAUCAACAUCAAACAGUACGAGACCGCCAGGGUGGAGUAUGACGCCUACCGCACAGACCUGGAGGAGCUGAACCUGGGCCCGCGCGAUGCCAACACUGUACCCAGGAUCGAAGUGUCCCAGCAGCAGUUCCAAAUCCAUCGAGAGAAAUAUGAAAAGAUGAGGAACGACGUCUCCAUCAAACUCAAGUUCCUCGAAGAAAACAAGGUGAAAGUGUUGCACAAUCAGCUGAUCCUCUUCCACAACGCCAUUGCUGCAUACUAUGCUGGGAACCAGCAGCAGCUGGAGCAGACGCUCAAGCAGUUCCACAUCAAGUUAAAAAUGCCAGGAGCAGACGGGCCGUCCUGGUUAGAGGAGACCCACUAAAUCCUGAGCUCCACAGGCUCAAUGUGGAUACAGCUCAUGGUCCACACAAACUACAGGAUCGUCCUUGUUCAACGUGAUCUGCCUUUGAAACCUUUGAGAACUGUACAUGUUUUAAAGACAAAGACUCUACAAUCUUAUAUUUACACAUCCAGAUCUGAGAAUCAUAAAAAUGCACUUUUGUACUUUCUUU